AUGGUGUCAUGGAAGAUGAGCAACAAAGCCGUGAUUGUAUACUGCGACAAUUUUGUCUUCUCCGCUGUUGGACUAUUUCUGGCCCUCAUGAUCAUCGGUCUUGUAAUUCUCUUCAGAAUCGGGAAGAACAUGGCCGGCGUUGAUCGCUCGAAUAUCCUCAUCUUCCUUUUGGACUCUGGCUGCAACUACCAUGUAAGAGCGUUGAAGAGCUUUGAAGAGCUCGGCGAAUUCAUGGGAGUGAAUGAGCAGGUGAUUAUGAUGUAUCUCCUUCGAAAUGACCACCAACGAUUCUACACGACUGGAGAAUAUAACGGUCUGUUUCAGCGCACCGCCCUCGGAAUUGGGGAUGGAUUUGCGAUCGACUAUCCGCUGAAGCUACCUACGCUGAUCGCGUGUGGGUUCCUUGUUUUCAAGGUUGCGAGCGAGGACGGAGCGUACUUGAUUUACAUCGGUGGUAAGAGGAGGAAUGGGUCGAUACACUGCGGUAGUAACGCGAAGGUCUUGGUUUGCAGGGCACCAAGACUAGCUGGGCAGGACAACGAAGAAGUCGAGUUGUACUUCAAGGAAGAAGAAUUCUCUUGGGAAACAAGCUAUGGUCUCUAUACCAAUCGGAAUAUUCUGUUUGGGCAAUAG